AGCCCUACUGCAGGCACAGGCAUUCUUACCCAUGCUUGCCAAAGCAAACAUGGAAUUGGGGAAAGACGGAGAGGAUGUAAGUAUAGAAAAUGUUGAUGAAGAUCAACCGCACGUCCAGAUGAGCUUUUCGAUAACGGAGAAUCAGGAUUCGGACGAUGAUGAAGUUGACGACCAGAAUAACACCGAGCAAAGUCCUGUUAGUUUGAGUCCGCAACGGAAAGUCAAGCCAGUAAUUGAAGAGCUCUAAAUAUAAGCUGGAUAUAUAUAAGGAUGUACGGGCGUAUCCCUCUAGAAGGUUGUGGGGACAGUUUCAUCGAGUGGUCGCUGUACUAUACGUCGAAUGUGUGUUUUCAUUUCUUAUUCAAUUGCGGGAAACUCGCACCGAGAAUAGAGAAGUACAACACACUAUUGCUGUGCUCGUGCCAUUAAUGGAGCCAUUUACGAAGUGAUAUGUGUCAGCUAUUCAAUGCGAUGACUUGUCAUACGCGGGCUAGAAAUAGAAAAUGUAAAGACAAAAGCAAUUAGAAAUAUUAGAAAUUCUAUGUCUGGCACCCACAGAGGGGUCAGACCUGUGCGAAACAGCCCAGAGGUCAGACACUCGAAUACCAAUAAACGUAUCUGCAAUCAGCA